UAUAGCAGUAGACUACAACCUAAUUAAGUUCAAAAAACCUUCUCAAACUCCGAUCCAUACUAAGUAAACAGCCACCCAAGAAAUCAUCAGAUCUAAACAUAAUGACGCUGAAGAGAAGUAGAGAAGAAGUAGCAGCGGAGGCGGAGGCCCUGGCCAUGGCCAAUUGUCUGGUGUUGCUCUCCCGUCCGGCAAGCGGCGGUGCCGCCGAGAAAACGCCGCCGUCAGGAUGGGAAUUCGAGUGCAAGACCUGCCAAAAGAAGUUCAAGUCUUUCCAAGCUCUGGGCGGCCACCGGGCCAGCCACAAGCGCCCCAAACAUCUUGAACACAACAACAAUAAUGUGAAUAUCAAGAAACGACACGAAUGUCCGGUCUGUGGCUUGGAAUUUGGCCUCGGCCAGGCUUUGGGCGGUCACAUGAGAAAACAUCGUGACGACAAGAAAUCCCCAGAUUUGUUAACAGUGACGACCCUCAAGAACGAGGAGCACAGCGCUGGGAUUAAGAAGAAGAAUGAGGGCUGGUUUGAGUUGAAUUUUACGCUUUUAGAGAAUGAUUCCACUGUGCAUAGGAGAUUUGUUCCUACAACUUUGGAUUUGUUUGUUUAAUUUUGUAGUUAGUACCAGGAUUGGAUUCAGAGUUGUAAAUUCAUUAGAUUUGAUUGGAAUGAAAUUAGUUAUGUACUAGCUAGCUUAUUAGAUUUAAACAUGUGUACAAAAUUAAUUUUAAAAAAAAAACGAUUGAUUAUUUUGUUUA